AUGGCUGAUCUUUGCACACAAACGCUACCAGAGCACUGGAAAUAUGUUGCCGAGGGAGGCGCAAGCAUGGUGUUCUCCUACCGCGGACCAGUGCAUCCGACAUAUACAGGAAGAGUACUGAGACUGCGCAAGGUGCCCUUGAACUCAGUAGAAGCUGAACUUAAUUCUACUGAGGAAAGUCAGGACCACGCAGGAUAUAGCAUUGCAUUCGAUGAUGCCGUCAUUCGGCGGUUGAUACCCGAACAAUUCUUACCCAGAUUAGAAUCUGUGCUUAUGGACAGCAAGUGGCUCGAAACACUCUCGCAACUUACUGAACACGAAAGACCAAGAGAACGACGAACCAAGCAUACCGUUGACACGAGGCAAACUAGAGCCUUGCUAGCGCCAGACUUGCUCGGGAACGAAGGUAUUGCAGUAGAGAUCAAGCCAAAGUGGGGGUUUCUACCUUCACCUGCCUACCUUUCACCAUCCACGCGCCCCAUCAAGGCCCGCACGUGUCGGUUCUGUAUGCAUACACAUAUGAAAUAUGCAGAAUGCGAGACCGUCGCUGUGACAUUUUGUCCUCUGGACCUUUACUCGGGCGAUGAAACGCGUGUGCGACGUGCACUUCUUGCGCUUUGGGACUCGUGGAUUGCAAGCCCAGGGGAAAUCAACAAUCUGAGAGUAUUCACGGGGGGAAGACUAGUCAGGUUUACUCAUGAUUCUGCUGCGUUCAUUGACAUCGCUAGAGUGCUAGACUCUUAUUCGUCUUCAACGCAACUAGAUCCAAGAUCACAACCAGAAGAUCUGCGAGAUCGCUUGAUUUCAUCCCUUAUUCCACCGCUUCUGGAGAUGCCUGUACUGCGCAUACUCUCUUCGCUACAGCGGACACUAGACAAGCUUGAUAUAGAGGGUUUAGCGUCGCUAUGGGCGCGCGCUCAUGCAGCAAUUAUCCCAGCACCCGCACUCGGAGAAGGUCUCUCAGAGCCUACCUUGGAGGAGUGGACACUGUUCAUUGAAGAAUAUUUCUCUAAGACGUCGACUGCCGUUGAAAGCGAGUUGCACGUGCACGAGCUCCGACACUACUGUUUGGCCUAUUUGUUAUCUGCGACCUUCAAGGAUUGCUCGAUAAUGGUGAAGAUCGACUUUCCGAACGUUAACCGUGACAACGUGAAGACUUCGCUUCACAUCAUUGAUCUGGAUGUGAAAAGCAUCUCACGGCUCGCAAAGUGGCAGAAACUCGAUCGGGAGAUUGUCGCUGCAUACGCGAACGUCGAGCCACGUAAUUGUGUCGAUCAAUGGGCGCCUCAGUGA